CACCCAGCAGGCGCCCCCUGAGCCUCCUACAGCCACCAUUUAUUAGUCUGUCGCCCACUAUCGCGACAUGGCCAUGACCCCUCACCGCUGACCAUGCCCUCAGAUUAGGGAGGUCUAACAGUAGGCUGACUGACUGACUGAGGCCUAGAGAGCACUCACUGAUCCCCCCCCUUGCUUCUUGCCUAGGGCAACAUGGCGUCCCUCCCCAGGGGCUGCCACUGGCACUCUCACAUGGGCCUCUCUGUCCUCAUCCCUGGUAUGGCGAGGCAACUUUACUUGUGCUGUGAACAACCCUCUCCCACGUAUUACACAGGAAAAUAAUAUAAAUAAUUAUUUUUUUUGCACACUAAAAAAAAAACCUGUAGAAAAGAGGGAAAGUCUUGCCUAGAGUAAAUUUGGCAUCCUUUAAAUAUAAUAUAUAAUGCAGCCUUGGGUCUGGCUUAUCUUCUGGUUUUCUUUUUUUCUUUCUAUGAACAGGGAGGUUUAAAUAAAAUGCCAUCAGAGGAUGGCUUUUGAUUUUAUGGUACAGGCUAAUAACAGGGAACGGCUUUAUUUUUUCCAUCAUUGUGCCCCUGGCAUUUUAACAGAUGUGUUUCAAUUUCUUCUUGUAGUUUAUUUUUUUUCAAACUAAAAAUGCCUCUUUACUUUUCAUCAGACAGAGCUAUGGUUGUGCAGCCCUUUGUGUUUGUUAAUCCUGGUAAUAACACUGGCUUGUCACACAUUGCCUAACUAGCGCUUUGGGUUUCAUUGACCUGUUAAUUCACUUAAAGGGGGUCAGAUGGCUUGUAUUUGUUAAACUGGUGUCUAAAGCAACGCCAAAAUACCCAGAAUUAGUGACAGGCUACUUAGGCCUUCGCACCAGCUGUGUUGCAAAAUGGGGGACCCAAACUCUCGCAAGAAACAGGCUCUGAACAGACUGCGUUCUCAGUUACGAAAAAAGAGAGAAUCUCUAGCUGACCAGUUUGACUUCAAGAUGUAUAUCGCCUUUGUUUUCAAAGACAAGAAGAAAAAGUCAGCUCUGUUUGAAGUAGCUGACGUGAUACCGGUUAUGACCAAUAAUUAUGAAGAAAACAUUCUGAAAGGUGUGCGGGAUUCCAGCUAUUCAUUGGAAAGUUCCCUUGAGCUACUGCAGAAGGACAUAGUACAGCUUCAUGCACCGCGCUACCAGUCCAUGCGCAGGGAUGUAAUUGGAUGCACUCAGGAGAUGGACUUUAUUCUGUGGCCUAGGAAUGACAUUGAGAAGAUUGUCUGUCUUCUAUUCUCUAGGUGGAAGGGAUCUGAUGAGCCCUUUAGGCCUGUUCUGGCCAAGUUUGAAUUUAAUCAUGGUGAUUAUGAAAAACAUCUUAUGCACGCACUGAGCCGGAAGGACAAGACUGGAAUUGUUAUAAACAAUCCAAACCAGUCAGUGUUCCUCUUUAUUGAUAGACAGCAUUUGCAGACUCCUAAAAGCAAAACAACAAUAUUCAAGUUAUGCAGCAUCUGCCUGUACCUACCACAGGAACAGCUCACCCAUUGGGCGGUUGGCACCAUAGAGGAUCACCUCCGCCCUUACAUGCCUGAGUAAGGCAUUGACCAGUCAAACAGGGAAGAUCAGAUGUUGGCAGAAUUUUUUUUUUCUUCAAAUUCCAGAAGAAUAUGGACUUAUGCUCAGAACACUUGUACGUUGUGAACCUUCAUGCUGGAUAUUUGUUUUCCUUAUUUUGUAUCAGAACAUUUUUUGUGAGGCGCAGGAGUUUUUGUUUUGUUUUUUUGUUCCCCUCCCCUUAUUUUUUUUUUUUCAUUCUUUUCUGUAUGGACAUUGUAAAGAGAAGAUGUUUGCAACAUCUUUGCUUUAGCCUCUUUAAAAAUGUGAAAUGAUGGGACACUGAAUCAAAUGUAUCAGGAAGCACAAGGUACUAUUUAUUUGGUGAUCUUCCCAUUUGCACUGGUCAUACCCCUAACAUUUUUAAGAGUGUUAGACAACAGUAUUGAGGGCAGGGGGUAAAACAUGAAUGUAUCAGGUGUGAAAGCUUUCUUGCUCUACCAGAAAACGAAAGCGCUAUACGAAUCAUUUAAAUGAUGCAAAUGAUUUUGCUGCAGUAAAAUGAAGGUAGGCUUGGGACAGAUAUUUGAGAAGAAAUCCUGUUUGUUCAGCAUUUGCUUUCAUGUCGUAAUUAAUUUUGCAGGGCUGAGAGCGUAAUGGCAUUUUAUGGUUGUUACUUUUUUUUUUAAUCUCUCCUCCCAUUUGCUGCGUAACUUUCAGUACAAAAAAAUCUGCAAGUACACUAAUGUUUAUAUGGCCUAGGAGUCUGCCGUAGCUAAUAUUUUACAUACAAGUUAAAUACUUGGUCAAUGCAGAAACAAUGUUUCUAGAGAGGAAUCAAGACACAAACCUGAUGGUGAAUUGUGCAGAUAUUACUUGUUUAAAGAAAAAAAGUAAUCUUUCUAAGAUAAGAAACCCAUGGUGAGUUUCUGAUAAGUUAUUAAGCAGUUGCAAACUGUAAAAGAAGGUUGAAGUGUGAAAAAGUUGGUUCAGAGAAUAUUUUUAUUUUGUGCAAUGAAAACAAGGUUGACUACUGUUUUUUGAGAAGGCUUUGCUGAAAAGCUUUCAGUACCUUUUUACGAUUACGUAUAUAGGCCUGCUCCCUUUGGCUAAUACUAGUGCUUACCUGGUUUAAAUUUGUAUCUAGCUUUUUUUUUUCUUUAAAUUUUUUUUUUUUUUAAUUGGAUUACAAUGGAAAUUAAAAUAAAUGAGGUGAAAACAUAUUU